GUCUGCAGUGCAGUUGUACCCGUAGGUAAUGCUAAAAACAGAUGCCGUAGAUCGUCAGUACUAAACGAAAGACGGGUGUGUGAGGUACACGUGUGACUGAUUGACUUUCAAGUCACGUUGUUCGUCGGUUUUAAAUAUUAUUUCUUUUACAUUCGUUAUUGUUUGUUUUUUAAUUUUAAACUAACUUAAACAUGGAUGCAUACGAUAAUGUAAUAGCUAAUAGUUAUCAUAUUUGUUUAUUUAAUUAUUGUUAUUAUCUUACUGAUCGUUGUCAGAUCUCACAGCCACUACUGUGUUACUCAAAACGUAAAUACUAAUUGAAAACAAGUCAUGCGAUACGCAGCGUGGUUGAUAGCCAUAUUGGCGAUGUUGCUUUAUGCUACGGGGCAAAAAAAUAAUCAACAAGAAAACUGGAAAUGCCCAGAAGUUAGAAAUGUGUCGUGUGCUUGUGACUUACCACAUACUUUACGCUGCACUGGUGGAAAAUCUACUUUUGAGACUGUUGCUAAAGCUUUACGAAGUCUUUCGGGUACUACAUCCGUAUCUCUGUUAGACUGUACCGUUCAGAAUGUCGCUGCACUACCAGCACGGAUGUUAGAAGGUGUAUCCCUGCAUGGGCUUGUUGUUUCUUCUGGUGAGAUCAAAUCUGUCUCUGAAUCAGCUUUUAUCGGUCUCGCAUCUCCUUUACAGGCAUUAGGUCUUCCUAACAAUCAACUCGAACGCGUGCCUAGUGCUGCUUUGGCAAUACUAAACGGUCUUGAACGGUUAGACUUGUCUCACAACCGACUCCACACCAUUCACAAUAAUUCGUUCAAGGGAUCGCCAAAUCUGACGUUUUUGGAUUUAAGUAAUAAUUCUAUUCAUUAUAUCAGUCAAGAUGCUUUUGUAAAUCUGCCGUUUUUAAAAGUGUUACGACUUCAGAACAACAUGCUUAGUUCGGCAUCGACGUCUCAUCUUCAAGGACUUCGAUCGUUAUUGGAGCUAGAUCUAAGUUCAAAUCUUUUGGUUGGACAAUUAGGUCCAAAUACUCUGCCUAGAUUGCCCCAUUUGCAGAUACUGUCAUUGGCUCACAAUCAACUAAGCAGUGUACGACGUGGUUCUUUUGCUGGACUUGAAGCUAUCAUUUCAUUAUCGUUAAAUCAUAAUCAAAUCGACGUGCUCGAAGAUCAUGGAUUUAGAGCUGCAACCACGUUGACUCAAUUAGAUUUGGCCAACAAUCGUAUUGUGGCAGUGUCGAGUGCUUCGCUAAGCCAUUUGUCUAAGUUAAAAACACUUGAUUUAUCACACAACUUCUUAAGAAGUCUCACUUCUGAUCUCAUUGCACCGUUAAAGAGCAUACAAGAUUUGAAACUGGAUGAUAAUGAUAUAUCAAUCAUUGCUGAUGGUGCUUUGAACAGUGCCACUUAUAUUACGGCACUUUCAUUAUCUGACAAUCCACUUAAUUGUGAUUGUAGUCUAUUGUAUUUUGCAAGUUGGCUGUCAAAUCAUAGUUCGGUUUACACAGCUAGUGAUACAGCUGUUUGCGCUACGCCACCAACAUUAGAAAAUGGAUUACUUAAGGAUCUACCGAUCUCUAAACUUGUGUGCGGCGGUGAAGAUAACGUGCCACCGCCCGAAGGACCUUUGGCUAUGCUGCAAUCAUAUUCAUCAAUGAAAAUAUCUUUACGGUCUUAUCAAUUUGACGGUAGUCGCAUCAGUCUUGGAUGGUUAGUGACGGCUCCAGUAGUAUCUUAUUACUGCAAAGCUUUAAUCUUAUAUGAACAUGUUGAUAACCACGAAGUGCUGUUAGAUUCUAAACCAGUAAGGUGUAAUUCAUCUCAAUUACCUGACGCUAAAAGCCUGACGUUGUCGUUAGUAGCUAGUGAUCUACAGCCGACACAUUUCUAUAGAUAUUGUUUAGUGCUGGUUGACAGUUUCACCGAAGACUCUGAUGAGGCAGCAAUGGUGGUAGGAUGUAGCGAAAAUAUUUCUCUGAUAUCUAAAACUAACCAAGUACAACACACAACCAAUUUUCUACCAAAUACCAAUAUUCAUAAUAUCACCACAUCUUUUAUAUCGCCGUCAUCUUUGUUUGCUGCCGUACAUGUAAUUUUACAAUCUUCACAUUCAGAUCCCGCGUGUACCAUCACUCUGUCAGUGUAUAGUUUAACAAAGCCUUUAGCUCAACAUCGAUUGAACUGUACAACACCAUGGACAACCGUCACUGAACUGCCGAUAGAAAAAUCCUAUCAGGUGUGUGCUAGUAUCGGCAAUAAGUUCCCAAAAGACGACGAAGAAACCAUGAUAUGUACAACGGUAGAUAGCCCGAAAACUGACUGGUUUGUGAGUCUGUUUAAUGCUAAAAGCUAUGCGUUCUUAUUUUCUGCAACUUUUACGGCCAUCCUAUUCUUAUGCAUGUUAUUAGUUUAUAGAACUGCGUGUAAGACAUGCAAAAAACCUAAUAACGGAAACAUUCUACAAACACACCAAUGUUUUUUGCCCGUACCACCAAUCGAGAAUGGAUCCCAAAGACCUAGCAGGAGUAGCAGAACCGAUAGAAGAGUAUAUUCACAUUAAUUACUUUAGUAAAGCAAUAGUUGUGGAUCAUCUGUUUAUUUAAGCUAUGUUUGCAUCUUGAAUUUUUUGUCUAUAAAUAACUUUUCUAUUCUAGAAAAGUUAAAUCAUACAGUAAUACAUAUAAAUAAAAAAUCAGGAAAAAAAUUAUUUAAAAAAUCAAUCAUUAUUAUAUUAUUUAUUUAUUUUUUUAAAUUAUUUGUUCUAAAUUUUUGAUCAGUUUUUAAAAAGUUUCCAUAUUUUUUAUAUAUUCUGUUAUAUUUAUAUCUUACCUAUAUAUAAUUAGAUAAUAAUUUUAUGUUUAAUGUGCCAUACAUUGUUAAUGAGAACCCAAGUUUUGUCUGUAUUUGUUAUUUUUAUAUUAGUUUUUUUGUUAUGCUAAUACAGUUGAUUUUUAAUUUAAUUUAUUUCUUAACCAUUUUUUUUAUAAUUUAUACAUUAAGCAUUUACAUUUAUUUAUUUUAAUAAUUUAAUUUAAAAAUAGUAGUUAUUAUAUAAACAUAAAUAUCUAUAUUUGAAAUCCAUAAUUUACCAUGUCAUAAAAUUAUUGAUUUAUGACUAUAAAUCAUUUUUUAUACAGAUGUAUGGAUAAAUUACAAUUCUUUAAUAAUAUAAAAUAAUGUAACAAUUAGCAUUAAAAUUUUAAGACUGACUCUUGAAAUGUUAACAUUUUAUAUUUUAUUUUGACAUCAAAGUAUUUAAAAUAAGAUUGAUUUUUUUAUCAAUGUCUGUCUUAAUGCUCAAUUAAUAACUCAAAUGUAAAUCUUCUACUUCUUUUUUCUUAACCAUCAUAAGUUAUUUUAUUUUACAUUUUGUACAUUGUGAUAAAAUUUAUUUAUUAUUUUAUUGUAUUAUAAUUUUUUAACACUUAAUUAGAGAAAUAGUGUUUGAGUGAAUACAAAGUCAUGUGAUAUUGUACAAAUACUGCUAUUAACUACAAUUUUUAGUUAAUGGCAUUGUACUUAUUAUUUUAAGGAUCUAAUAAAUGUAUAGAACACUAAAAAAUUAUUUUGUGUAGUUUAAGAUGUACAUUUUUUUAAAUAAAAUUAACUCUUUUAGAAAUAA